UUGAACACAUUAAAAGCAAUAAUAAAAAUCUAGAUUUGUCUAUCAUUCUUGUAUAGGUUUUGCUUUCUUCUCCUGGCUUAAUGGAGAAUUCGAAUGCGAAUGGUGAAUAUGAAAAUGAGAGGAUUACUACUUGUCUAUGGAUGCUACCGGAGGAUUGUAUUGCAAAGAUCUUGGCCUUUACAAGCCCUCUGGACGUUUGCCGUUUUUCUUUAGUCUCUAAACCGGUUCGACCCGCGGCCGAGUUGGAUUCCGUUUGGGAAAAAUUCCUGCCCUCCGAUUAUGAGUCCAUCAUUGCCGGAUCAAUGAGUCUGAUACCCGAUUUUCAUUCGAAGAAGGAUCUCUAUGUUUAUCUAUGCCAUCAUCCCCUCUUAAUUGAUGCAGGUCGCAAGAGUUUCUCGCUGGAAAAAUGGACUGGAAAGAAAUGCUACUUUUUAGGUGCAAGGGAUCUUAAUAUUGCAUGGGGUGAUACACCAGACUAUUGGAAAUGGACUUCACUACCAGAGUCCAGGUUUCCAGAGGUGGCUGAGCUCAUACUUGUUUGGUGGCUUGAAAUUUGGGGCACAAUAAGAGCUGGGAUUCUGUCACCACAGACUUCCUAUGUAGCUUACCUUGUUUACAAGUUGGAAGAUGAAUUCGGGUUUCAUUAUCGACCCUCAGAGAUUUCAGUUGGAGUUUCUGGUGUUGAAUUCGACAAACGAUUUGCAUUUUUGGUGCCGGAUGGUAGACCUCAACGGCGUAAUCGCUAUGUGGAGUCAGAUGAUGAUUAUGAGGAGCCAGUUUAUUCUCCGCCCACUGAUGUGGAUAGGUAUUUGCCGGAGGAUGCUUCUACUCCCUUGCAGUCUGAUAUUCAACGUCCUAAACUUAGAGAUGACGGCUGGUUUGAGAUAGAAUUGGGUGAGUUUUUUGCUGAAAAUGAAGAUGAUUGCAUAUUAAUGAGUAUGAAAGAGGUGAAGGACAGUGUAUCUCAGAAAGAAGGCCUUAUUGUUGAAGGAAUUGAGAUAAGGCCAAGAAUGGGUUAAUUAUCACAUUUUUUUAGAAAAUAUUUUUGCCAUACAGCUACCAUGUAUUCCGAAUAGAACAUGCUUCUUUUUGGAGCACUCCACCAUUUCAAGCAUGUUUUGGUGCUAUGGUAACUGGCUUUGUUGUGUAUAAACCCAUAGUAGACUUCAUUGUUUCAGAACCAUAAUCAUAUAAACAGGUUAAUAAACUAGGCUUGCAAUUUCCAUUUCAUAAAACUGCCAAUUAUUAGUGUAAUGCUCAGUGAAUUAGAUGACAUGUUUGACCAAUUAAAUACAUGACUAAAUACCUCCCGAAGUAUACAACACACCAUGUUGGAAAACAGCAUAAGUGCAGAAAAAUAUGAACUCCAGUUUGAACAAUCGUACGCAUAAGAUGCAGAAGGCAAGUUAUUUUUCAAGAAUCAUCCUUGUUUUGCUGUUGAGAAGUUCAUAGUUGAUACUAAGUAGCAAUAUCAAGUCGUGUAUAGCAUAAUGCUGCAAAUUUUUUAUUAAGGGGGAUUGAGUCAUAGUUGCUUGGUUGAUUGUUCAGUUGUAUUGAGAGAAUAAUUCACAUAAAAAUCUGAAGAACUGUACAUGUAUAUGGUCUUGUGUUAAAACAAAGUGACCAUUUUCCAUGCUUUGCUCCCAUGAAAAUCGAAAUAUUAUAGUGAUUAAUCUGGAAGAAGAAUAUUACUGGUUGCUCCUGGUGAUCAAUUCUACAUCAAAGAUUCAAUACCAAAAAGGUUGCUUUCAGGAGCAGGUGAUAUUGCUUUUGCUUGCAUGUCAAAUAGACACCGGUUUCCACUUACUUGCUGAGCAAAAUAUAUGCAAUUGCUCCUGCAUCCUAGCUUGCUGCCAUUAAUCCACAUACAACAUUCUUCCUUCACAAACAAUGUUCUAUGCCCAAGGCUUUCCAUCUUAACCCACAACAGUUUUGGAAUAUCUAGCCUGUAAACUUCAACAUCCUCCACUUUUUUAAUGGAUCUUUUAGAGAUCAAGAAAAUCAGUAAUAUCUCCCCAUCUGAUUCAACUAAAAUUUCCCUGAAUUGCCUUGAAAUAACAGAAGGAACAGCCCUGCUUGAACUCUUCUCAGUGACUCUAAGGCUAGAAUCAACUUCUUCAAUAACUGCAAGUGUCCCCUGCAAUCUGAACGCGUAGAAUUUUCUAUUAAAGCCAAUGACAUUUAUGAACUGCAAAUGUUCACCUGAGCCAAAGGGGUCAGUGAGGUUACAGUCUUGCUUCCUCCACACACGUUCUUUUCCGGCCCCCGUUUCACAGAACACAAAAACUGGAGAAACAGCACCUGUUAGCACCAUAAUUAUACAAGUUUUUCCAUAAUCAUUGAGACCUAUGGGUUGAAACGUAGAUAAAGUUGCAAACUUGAAUGGAACGCGGUUAUCCCAAGACGGAAAGGUGACAGUAGGUCUCUCUGUAGGAUUUCCACAGUAAGAUAUCAUCCGGACAGCGUCCAACUGCUAUUAGUGAACCAUGAGAGUGACCCUUGAAAUAUAUCCAAGGGUCUUUCCAUGUCCGCGAUCUUCUACCAUAAGGCCAGUAAUAUCCUAUAUGAAACCAGAUAUGAAAGCAGUGAGAAUGAUUCUCGUUUUUUGGAAUUUCAGUGAGUUGUGGCCAUAGGGAUUUUCCUAUUGGGAUACAUUUUUUAGAGUGUGCUAAUCUCCAUGACUUGGUGACACCACCAAAACUGAUGUUUUCCAUUAGACUCGGUUCGCUUGAGAUUAAGCUGGUGAGUUCUUUGGGAAGAUUUGGCCAUGGCCUUGAGCUGUUAUUGGCUUCUUUCUUUGGUGAACUUUGAUUCUUAUCCUUCUUGACUUUUUGAACCAUGCUCUUCUUUUUGUGUGCAGAAAUGAGAGCUAGAGAAGGAAAUGAUAUCGGAAUAUAGCUUGAGGCAGCUUAAAAUAAUCAAGAUCAGAUGUGGCCACCAAGUAACGGUAGACUCCAAGUUAGUUGAUCUCUUGGAGCACAAGGUUAGUGGUAGUUUCUUUCAAUUAAAUAAUUGAGUUGACCCUUUAGAUGCCUUAUUAAUUUAACAUCCAUCUGGAACUCACUGUGAAAAAAGUAGUAGUGCAGAAAGUAAUAUAAUUGCUCCAGUUUGAACAACUGUAAUUUUGAGAUGCAGAAGACAAAUUAUUUUUCAAAUACCGUCUUAGUUCCGAAAAGUUCAUAAUUUGAUAGCAAGUAGCAGUAACCAUGUCCUGCAUGUAACAACAUAAGACAUCAAUUUCUUCACUAUGCUACCUACAUUUCGAUUCAAGGACAAUCCACACGCUUUUUAAAAGUAACCUAAGUGGUCUGAAUUCAAUGCCAUUAUUUACAAUUAGCUACUCAUCAAUAACCUGGCAUCGUACCAAUUUAGUCUUUGUUUUUGGAGUAUUUAAAUUUAGGAUCAUCUUUGCUAAUGAAAUGUGUUAAUAAAAACAUCAAGGGAGUCAACAAAAAGUUAAAACUAUGGAGAAUCACUCCAUUCAAGAUAAGUUGGAGUAAGAUUGAAUAUGUAAAUUGCAAGUUUAGCCCCCUUUGAAGGGGAAGUGAAGGAAAUGAAAACUCAGCCUAUAAAAAAGAAUUCCUUCAAAUCACAACUUGAUAACAAAAAUAGUUUUUGACGAAGUCAACUAUCUUGAUUCUUGGAGCCCAAGUGUAAUAAAAUAAACAGCUGGAACAGGGAGACUUAGACUAUAAAUGCAUUUUUUGGAUCGUCAGAGAAGCUCCAGAAUUAGUCCUUGUUUCUUUUAUCCAUUAUCUAUACAUGGCUCCGAAUGAUAGGAGGAAACAGAAAACUUCAUCUAAAGAAGAGUCUGUUUAUGUGGAACCAUGGCAAAAUCUUCCUGAAAAGCUAGUCAUCUUUCUCCAAAAGCAACCAACACAUUCAACUCUAGCAAAAUCCAUAGGUUCUGCUGGUGUUUCUAAAUCAUGGAGAUUUGCAUCCAAGAAAUGUGAUUCCAUCGCACAAUCACCGUGGCUUGAGCUUUCAAAUGAACCUCAAUACUAUUGCAAAACUCAGCAGCUUUCCUUCAACCUCUCAUUUGAAGAAGCCGGUUGCUAUUGGUGGCAUGGUAGAAGAAGGCCGCGUUAUGAUCCUUGGAAGCAUUUUCAUUACUUCUUACCUUCGUUGAAUAGAGAAAAUAUACCCAUUGAUUGCUGUUUUCUGAAUACUUCCAAAGGCUAUACUCAUUGGGCUACUUACUCAUACAAUGCCAGAAAAUCAUUUAUGUUUCCCUUACUAAAUUCUCAUUCUCACUACUAUCCUUUUGUUGGUAGUGGAUAUUGUUGCUUUCCACCAUUUGUGGUUUAUCAGUUAGGAAAAAACCAAAAAUGGAUGCAACAAGAAAGCAGUCAAAAUGGCCUAAUUGAUCCAAAUGAUCCUAAGGGGCAACUGAUACAAUUCAGUAACGCCAUUAUCUUUGAAGGGAAGUUUUAUGCACUAAGUUUGCAGGGGACUCUGGCAGUAAUAGAAGAAAGUGAUGAAUCUCAGUUUCAACUUACGCGACUAAGUAGAAAACAAGCCAUUCCUUCGAGUUACUCAAAGCAUUUCAUAGAGUGCUUUCUUGAGUCUAAUGGGGAAAUCUUGCUCAUUUUCCUAAUUUCAGAAAGAUCAAACAAGAUGGUGGACAACGUGGAAGUGUUUAAGCUGCAGAUUGAAGAUUUGUCAUGGUUAAAGCUGGAAAAUCUCGGAGAUAGAACGCUAUUUGCGGGGAUUAAUUGCUCCGCUUCAGUGCCUGCAAGUCAAGUUGGCUGCAGAAAUAACUGUGUCUAUUUUACUCAUAAGGGAAUUGAUGGUUGGAGACAGUAUGAUAUGAGAAGUGGUUGCAUUUUGCCCUGUUAUGAUAAUGCUGGUUCUGAGAUAAAAACUCCAGUGUGGGAGGAUUCAGAAACUAAAAAAUCGUUACGUCGACGUCGACUAUUUUGAAACAUAUGUUUCUGAUCCUGUAUCUCAUCUAUGUUUUGCUAUUAUUAUGACAUGUUAGUAACUUUGGUAUUGUGUGAAA